ACCAACACCGGUACUUAGGCGCGGACCGGCGUGUCCUUGGACUUAGAGAGCGGGACGUCCGGCUUGCGAGUGGGCAUCUCCCUGUCGCGCGCGACUAACGAGCGAUUUAAAAAUGGGUGAUGUUGAGAAGGGCAAGAAGAUUUUUGUUCAGAAGUGUGCCCAGUGCCAUACUGUGGAGAAGGGAGGCAAUCACAAGACUGGGCCAAAUCUCCAUGGUCUCUUUGGGCGAAAGACAGGUCAGGCCCCUGGAUUUUCUUACACGGAUGCCAACAAGAACAAAGGUAUCACCUGGGGUGAGGCGACCCUGAUGGAGUAUUUGGAGAAUCCCAAGAAGUACAUCCCUGGAACAAAAAUGAUCUUCGCUGGCAUUAAGAAGAGCGCAGAGAGGGCAGACUUGAUAGCUUAUCUCAAAAAAGCUACUAAUGAGUAAUAGUUGGCCACUGCCUUAUUUAUUACAAAUGUCUCAUGACUUUUUUUAUGUGUACCAUAUUUAAAUUGAUCUCAUACACCAGAAUUCAGAUCAUGAAUGGCUAAUAGAGCAUUUCUUUCGGGCAGUCCUGAUUUAAAUAAGAUUGGCUUGAGGUUUAAUGAAUAUGGUCAGCUUUUUGAGCUUUGAUGAUAAUUUUGGUUCAGCAAGCACUGUCACUGUCCUCCCUUCUAACAAUAUGGUGGGACUUGAUUCCUAGUGUUCAACUUUUCACAGAGGUGGCCAGUGCCAUCUCAAAACCUGUAGGAGAUUGGCUUACAUUUAGAUUUCUAUGACUGGUUGUGUUAAUAUGUUUAAAUUCUGAGGAAACCCCUUCACUGUCUCUUAGACCUGCAAGACUAGCUUGUGUUUCAGGUUGUGUUCAUUAGCUUGUUAAAAGGAAGGGCUGCAGAUAAGCUGGCAGUGAUCGUUUUAUCUCUUUGGUCCCAACUAUGCCAUUUAAUAAAAAUCCCUGUAUCUAAACUGUUGCCUUUUACUGAAUGAAAGGCAUUUUAGUGUGGUUUCUGUAUAAUAUCAAAUAAAGAGUAUUUAACACUUCUACAUUUUAUAGAUGAUCUUUAAGGUCAGGUGCUUUUAAAAUUCAGCGUGACAAGAUAGGAGCAAACUGUGAAUUCUUUAGGUCAGACUAAGUUAUAAUUCAGGAUUGUCUUGAAUAGCUAUUCAUUGACUAUAUAUGUGUGUGAUUGGUAAUGGUGCUUUUGCCAGCUCACUAGGAUUAAAGUAGAGAAUAGAUCAACACAAAAUUGUAAAUUAUGUCAUCAUAAGGCUUAAGAUAAUUAAAAACAAAGUCACAGAUCA